ACGGCCCCCGCCUGCGCGCCGUGUUCGAGGCCCUGGACGGCGACGGGGACGGCCUGGUGCGCACCGCGGACUUCGUGCAGUUCGCCACGGUCUACGGCGCCGAGCAGGUGAAGGAUUUAACGAGGUACCUGGAUCCCGGCGGGCUUGGUGUGAUCAGCUUUGAAGACUUCUACCGGGGCAUCUCGGCCAUCAGAAAUGGAGACCCCGAAGGCCAGCUGUGCGGGGUCCCCCCAGCCCAAGAGGAGGAGCCCCCCACCUGCCCAGACGAGUUUGAUGACUUCAUCACCUACGAGGCCACCGAGGUCACGGACAGCGCGUACAUGGGCUCUGAGGGCACCUUCAGCGAGUGCGAGACCUUCACAGAUGAGGACACCAGCGCCCUGGCGCAGCCCGAGCUGCAGCCCGAGGGUGACGCCGACAGUGCUGGCGGCUCGGCCGUGGCCUCCGAGGGCCUGGACACCGUGGAGGAGCUGGGCCAGGGCGCUCUGCUGCUGCUCCCUGGCAGGCCCCACCUGCACGGCCAGGCCGGCCUCGUGGCUGUGGGCGGCGAGGAGCACUUCGAGGACUUCGGGGAGGGCGGCGAGGCGGAGCCGUGCGUGGAAGUCCUCUGCGACGGGGAGCAGGCCAGCAGAGACCCCGUGCUCCGCACCCCCGGCGCCGCCCCGCUGGCUGCCAAGCUGCACAGCAUCCUCACGGACGAGGCUUUUGAGUUUUACUGCAGCCAGUGCCACAGACAGAUCACCCGCCUGGAGGACCUCUCUGCACGCCUGAACGACCUCGAGAUGAACAGCCCGACCAAGCGGCUCUCCAGCAAGAAGGUGGCGAGGCACCUGCUCCAGUCUGGUACGAUGGCCGGGGAGGUCCUUCAGGACCCUCCGCUGGACGCCAUGGAGGGCACAGAGGAAGACAUCGCUGACAAGGUGGUCUUCCUGGAGAAGCGGGUGUCGGAGCUGGAGAAGGACACGGUGGCCAGCGGCGAGCAGCACAGCCGGCUGCGGCAGGAGAACCUGCAGCUGGUGCACAGGGCCAACGCGCUGGAGGAGCAGCUCAAGGAGCAGGAGCUGCGGGCCUGUGAGGCGGCCCUGGAGGGCACACGGCGGCAGAAGGAGCUGCUGUGCCGCAUGGAGCGGGAGAAGAGCAUUGAGAUCGAGAACCUGCAGGCCAGGCUGCAGCAGCUGGACGAGGAGAACAGCGAGCUGAGGUCCUGCACGCCCUGCCUGAAGGCCAGCAUCCAGCGGCUGGAGGAGGAGAAGCAGAAGCUGCUGGACGAGAUCGAGGAGCUGUCGCUGCGGCUCGGUGAGGAGCAGGCGACCAAGCGGCGGCUGGGGGACCGGCUGAGCCAGGAGCGGCACCAGUUCCAGCGGGACAAGGAGGCCACGCAGGAGCUCAUCGAGGACCUGCGCCGGCAGCUGGAGCAUCUGCAGCUCUUCAAGCUGGAGGCGGAGCAGCGGCGCGGCCGGAGCAGCAGCGCGGGCCUGCAGGAGUACCAGAGCCGCGCGCGCGAGGGCGAGCUGGAGCUGGAGGUCCGCCGGCUGAAGCAGGACAACCGCAGCCUGAAGGAGCAGAACGACGAGCUCAACGGGCAGAUCAUCAACCUGAGCAUCCAGGGCGCCAAGAACCUCUUCAGCGCCUCCUUCUCCGAGUCGUUGGCCGCAGAGAUCAGCUCCGUGUCCCGCGACGAGCUCAUGGACGCCAUCCAGAAGCAGGAGGAGAUCAACCUGCGCCUGCAAGACUACAUCGACAGGAUUGUCGUGGCCAUCAUGGAGACCAACCCGUCCAUCCUGGAGGUCAAGUAGCGGGAGCCCUGCACUGGGCCUGCUCUCCCUGGCCGGACCCCCGUAGGUGGGGCCGCCCCCGGGCUGCUCCUGGCCUCACCCCGGGAGUGGGCUCCAAGGUUCCACUGGGCGGUGAGGGACUGGACAGCUGCCUGCUCCGUGGCUGCUCAGGCUGCAGUGAGCCCCAGUGGGCUGUGCAAGGCACCCCAAGCUGGCGCCAGGCCGGCAGGGGUCCACAUGCUCCGGGAUCUAUCUGGGGGCUGCAGCCCCUGCCCCCGCUUUCCUAGAGCUUCACAUGCAGCGCCGUGCCCAGCCCUGGGGUGCUCAGGCCACCCCCAGCCAGGCCCAGGCCUCCAGGCACAUGGUUGUCCCGCACUGACCCUUGCUGCAGUGGCCGCUGGGGGCGCCGAGCCACAGCCUCUGCUCUACGCUCAGGGCCAGUCUAACCUGCGGCCCCGCUAUCUGGAGCCGCCAGCACCCCUGAUUUCUCGGUGCAGGCAGGGCCUUGGGGAGGCCUCUCCCGGUGCAGUCUCCCCAGCCAGAGUCUAGGCGUCAGAAGCGCUGCCCCAGGGGCCGCCUCAGCUGCUCACAGCCAGGUGUGUCCCUCCCGAAGCCCGUGCCCCACCCUCACUGCCCAGGGCAACACGGCCUGGGGCUGUUGGGCCUCCUGGUUGAGCACUGGCCAGGCAGCCCUCCGCACCUGCACGCCGGCCACGCACAGGCCAGCCGCGGAGCACGAGUGGACACGAGUGGACAUGCAUGGCCCGCGCUCACUGCACUGACGGGGGCGUUGCCCACAGCUGUACCUUCGGGGAAGCUUUGGGUGUAAAUCAGUUGUAAACUUGGAGGAGAGAUUUUUCUAUCAUGUAGAGUAGGUAUUUUUUAUAGAUUGAAGGUCGAUCAAUUUUUUAAUACUUCCGAGAGAGAAAACUAUCUGUGUACGCACACGAAAAAUAUAUAUAUAUGUACGUUACCCACCUGGGCUCCGCUUCCUGCGCCUGCCGGCAUUC